GGAACCUCUGGUCGGAUGGCAUUUCUUAUGUCGGUUUCCUUUAACCAGUUGAUGAAAGGCUUGGGACAGAAACCUCUCUAUACCUACCUCAUUGCAGGGGGUGACAGAUCUGUGGUAGCCUCUAGGGAGGGAACCGAGGACAGCGCCUUGCAUGGGAUUGAAGAACUGAAGAAGGUAACUGCAGGAAAGAAACGAGUGAUUGUCAUUGGCAUUUCUGUUGGACUCUCUGCUCCUUUUGUGGCUGGUCAGAUGGAUUUCUGUAUGAAUAAUUCAGACAUUUUCUUGCCUGUUCUGGUCGGGUUCAAUCCAGUAAACAUGGCUAGAAAUGAUCCCAUUGAGGACUGGAAUUCUACAUUCCGUGAAAUUGCACAACGGAUGCAGAAGCUACAAGAGAAGCAGAAAGCUUUUGUGCUCAACCCUGCAAUUGGACCCGAAGGACUCAGCGGUUCCUCCAGAAUGAAGGGAGGAAGUGCUACCAAGAUCCUGCUGGAAACGCUGCUGUUGGCAGCGCACCACACUGUGGAGAGGGACGUGGGAGCCCGGCGCAGCUGUCUCCUGGAGAUCUUGAGAACAUUCGAACGAGCACAUAAAGUCACCUACAGCCAAGGCCCCAAGAUUGCAACACUGAUGAAGCAGGCAAGCACCAGUUUGCAGAAGAAGGGUCGAGUGUACCUGGUUGGUUGGCAGACUCUAGGUAUUAUUGCCAUCAUGGAUGGAGUGGAGUGCAUUCACACUUUUGGCGCAGAUUUCCAAGAUGUUCGAGGCUUCCUAAUUGGUGAUCAUAGUGACAUGUUUAAUCAAAAGGAAGAAAUUGUUGCCCAGGGUCCGCAGUUCUCCUUUUCGCAAGAAGAUUUCCUCACUUCUAUCCUACCAUCCCUCACUGAAAAGGACACUGUGCUCUUCAUCUUCACCCUGGAUGACAACCUCAUGGAAGUGGAAACCUUGGUGGAGCAGGUGAAGAAGAAGACUCCUAAUAUCCAAGCCCUGGCACACAGCACAGUGGGGCAGUCCUUACCAUCCUCACUGAAGAAGCUCUUUCCAUCCAUGAUCAGCAUCACCUGGCCCCUGCUUUUCUUUGACUAUGCGGGGAAUUUCAUCCAGAAGUUCCAGCGUGAGUUGAGCACUAAGUGGGUGCUAAAUACAGUGAGCACUGGAGCCCAUGUUCUUUGUGGAAAGAUCUUGCAUAACCAUAUGGUGGAUCUACGAUUGCGCAACUCCAAGCUCUUCUGGCGGGGACUGGCCAUGCUGCAGCGGUUUUCAGAACAGCCCAAGGCUCAGUGCAUUGAGAGCCUACUCAAGGCCAUCCAUUUCCCUCAAGAACUGUCAGAGGAGAUCCGGGAAGCCCCUAUUUCUCACCACAUUCAAGUUGCACAUGAGAAGGAACAGGUGAUUCCCAUAGCCCUACUGACCCUCCUGUUUCGAUGUUCCAUCCCUGAAGCUGAAGCCCACCUUGCUGCUGCCCCCUCUGUCUGCGAGGCCAUUAGGAAUGCUCUUCUCCGGGCUGGUCGGAAGCGCCAUGCUGACUCAUUUGACACUCUCAAGUCAACCACUGGCUAGUUCAGCCGAUGAGAAGGGAGUUGAGAUUAUGGAGUGGGGGAACACACAAGUAAUGGAGAUGAGAACAAAAUACUUUAAAGCUUGAGGUGACAGAGGCCCUGGAAGGAGAUACUUCUAAGAAGUAAAUACCAACCUAGAUUUGGGAGAAAUGUCUCUUGUUAUUCCCCUUGGUUUCUUUCUCUGAAAAAUUUGGCAAUUUGGCUACAUGAUAUUUAUCUUCCAGUUCUCCAAUUCUGUGAUGUUGUCACUUGGAAAUUCCUGACCACAUAAUAUAUAUUGCUGAUCUUUGCAGUCUGUUCUUAUUUCAGAAAUGAAACUCUUACGCUUUUUUGUCUCAUAAAUUUCUCUCUGAGAACCCAGAUGGGAAAAAUUGGAGGCAGGGAGGGAAGAUGGCAAAGGUGGAUCUUCGAAAUUAUGGCAUCAAGGGCUAAACAAGAUAGAUUGUCCUGUUAAAAGUAAAAGCUACUUACUGGCUUUACUUUUUGUUUCCUAGUGGUGUAAUGGAUAGAGAAAGGUAAAUCAGGAUUCAAAUACUAUCUUAGGCAUUUAAUACCCUGAUUUAUUACCUCUCCUAGAUUCACUUUUCCCAUCUGAAAAAAUUAACUCCUAUAAUAGUCUAUUGUGACGAUAAAUGACAAUAUGUACAAGUGCUAUAUAAAUAUUAGUUUAUUAUUUUUUAAGGAAUAACAUACCACCCACUUACUUAGAUCCUCCCACCUACUCCAUCCUAAACAUAGAUACCAAACAAUGGUUAACUGCAAAUUACAAGUUCAAUAAUCAGUAUUUAGUUUUAAUGGAGACGAAAAUGGAACCGAGUCAAGAUCCUAAAUUCCACUUUAGUUAUCCUCUGGAAGCUUAAAGCUAUAAUUUGACAUAAAAGGUUGACUACUUAUUUACAGAGGUGUUUUCCUUAUGACUUAGAGUAGCAUUAUAGGUAUGGGCAGUAGGUAUAGCAAUGGAUAGAGAGUGGGACCUGAAGUCAAUAAGACCUGAGUGUGAAUUUGAUCUUAUUCACUUGCUAGCUGUGUAAUUCUGUGCAAGUCACUUAACCCAGUUUGCUUCAGUUUCCUCAUUUGUAAAAUGAGUGGGGAAAGAAAUAGUGACCCACUCCAGUAGCUUUGCCAAGAAAACUUCAACUGGGGCCACAAAUAGUGGGAUGCAACUGAAAUGAUUGAACAAUACAGCAUUACAAUAGCUAUAUCUUUACUCUUAGAAGCAUCCUUAGUAAAGUAAGUGUGCUCAGACUUUGUCUCCUAGCAUCAGGUUGUCUUUAUCUCUUCCUUGGGAUCCCCAUGAAGGGUUGAGGUGUCUCUUCUCCCUCUAUAACUUCUCUACUGCCAUAGUCUCUAGUCUCUAUAUUCUGUGCUUCUUCUAUUGAUAGGGACCAGUAACCAGCCCCCAUUCCAUUUAAUCACUUAAUAUCAACUAGCUUUUAUAAAUUAUAUUUAUUUUAAAAGAUAUAGCAACAAUCAAAUACAAAUAUUCUCUCACACACAACUUGGAGAACUGCAUGAAGAAAAAUUAGUUGCCCUUGGCAUUUUACUUUGCUGUUGGCAAUGAGAACUUGAUGUGGGUCUCUCCAAUUAAGUUUCAAUGAUGGUUUUUAAUUGAUAUCUUUUCACUAGUUUGGGCAGAAUAAUGAUUCUUCUGGUUCUUUAGUCAAGACAACAUGAACCUGCAAAUAGAAGACUAUGACUCAAUUCAUCAGCAAAUUACAAUAAUUCAAGAUAAUGUUAACAACCAGUUGUAGAUCAGAUAAUUGAUUGUAGACAAUUAAAAUCUCAGGUAGCCAAAUCUGAAUUUUCCUUAAGUCAUACUCAUGAAGGUUAAGGGCAUCACAUCAGGCCACUUAAAAUAGCACACAUUUUAGGUGUUUUAUAAAUUCCAUUUUGUCACUCUAUCAAGAGAACAAUUUAUAUACUAUUAACAGAGGUCAGGAGAGAGGUUAGGGCUGGAUAGUGGAUCUGAGAAGCAUGAGCACAGAGAUGAUAAUUGCAUCUUUGGGAGCUGAGAUCCACCAGGUAGAAUAGCCUACAGGAAGAAGAGAAGAGGCUUCAGGACAGAAACCUGGAAAAUGUAAACAAAGAGUGAUGGGGGAGUGAAAAUAUUGAAGUUACUGUAUCUUUAGCAUCCAUCCUGCAUGUUUGUCAUCACCAUCAUAGUUGACAAUCAAAGGGAUAUCAAAUCUAGAGAUAAAUUCUAGAAAGAGUCUUGAGGCUAUAUCUCCUGUUUACAGAAAUGGGUUUUUACCUAUACAUGUCACAACAAAUAAUAUAUAUAUGUAUAUAUAAAAUGUUUCAACAUUUGAAUAAAGCUCAUCUACAUUAUUUCUGAAGUUUCCAUGAUGGUUGAGUUAGAUUCUUCCCCAUUGCUAGCUUUCUCACAUUUGACUUUGCAACUGGAAUAGCUGGAAAGUAUUAGUGGAAGAUAGAACAAUUUACAGCAAACCAAUUGUUUUUAAUUGCAUUAUAGUAUAAAAUGGCAAAAGAAAUGGUCUCACAGAAACCUGGAAAGACAUGAAUGAUCUGAUGUAGAAUGAAGUAAGCAGAACCAGGAGAACAAUUUAUAUGAUUACAAUAGAAGUCAGGAGAGAGGUUAGGGCUGGAUAUUGGAUCUAAGAAUCAUAAGUCUAGAGAUGACAAUUAUAUCUAUGAGAGCUGAGAUCACCAAAUGAAAUAAUCUAGAGAGAAAAGAGAAGAAGGUUCAGGACAGAGACUUGGCACACCAAUGAUCAUGAUUCCAAAAGACUGUUAAUGAAGAAUGCUAAGAAGAGAUGGACAAAAUAUAUAAAAUAAGAUUUCUUUUGGAUGGGCACUAUGAGCAUUUAUUUUGCUUGACUGUACAUAUUUAUUAGAAAGGCUUUUUUCAUUUUUCUAAUAGAGUGGAGGAAGAUGGAAUAACAAAAAAUAAAAUUUAGCAAAUAAAAAGAAUCACAGAGCAAACUAACAAAAUAAAAAAUAAAAACAAUCUCAAAAAUAUUUUUUAAAAAAGAAUGAGAAGAACCUAUUAUAUACAGGCAUAUGCCAACAAAGCUGAGCAUUCAAAAGAAAUAGAAGCUAUCCAAAAAUAUAAACUAGUUAAACUAACAAAACACUGAUGAGAGAUAUUAAAUAAUCCAUCUUCAGAAAAGUUAAUUGAAUAAACUAUAAAUAAACUACAAAAGGAAAAACUAUCUCCUGAUCCAGAUGAAUUUAUAAGAAAAUUAUAUCAAAUUUAAAAAUUAAUAGCUGUGCUAUUCAAAUUAUUCUAAAAAUGAUGAAAGAAAUCACUCUAUCAUAUUCAUUUUAUGAGACAAAUAUAAACCCAAUGCCUAAACUAGAGAAAGUUAGCAAGGAAAAAGAACUAUAGAACAAUAUUGCUAAUUUAAUAAUUGCAAAUAAAAUUCUGGCAAAAAAAUACAGCAAUGUAUCCAAAAAAUCAAUCACUAUAAUCAAAUUGAAAUUAUACCAGGAUGCAAAGAUGGUUCAGCAUAAGGAAAACAAUUAAUAUAAUUAAUCUUGUGAAAAAACCAAAACAUCCAAAAAAAACCACAUAGUUGUUUCAAUAGAUAUAGAAAAACCAUUUGACAAAGGAUAAUACUUAUUUAACCUUUAAAAAGCUCUUAUAAAGUAUAGUCAUAGAGAGAUUUUUAAAUAUGAUAAAAUAUCUAAAAAUCAAAAGCUAGCAUAUAUGCAAUAGGUAAACACUAGCUGUUUUCUCAAAAAAUAUAGGCAUAAAAAAGGAUGUUCCCUUUCCUCUCUGUUAUUUGACAUUGCUAGCUAGUAAUGCUAGCAAUAAUAAUGUCAAGAUAAAUAAAUUAAACCAUAUUCCAUAAUAAAUUUCAAAUGGUUAUAUGACCUGAAAUUAAGACCAGACCAUAAAUAAAUUAAAAUAUGGAUCAAAAUGGGAAAAUACAUGAAAAAUAAAAAUAUGCUUUUUAAAAAUGUUACAUAUAUAAACAUUUAUAUAUGUAUAUAUUUUAUAUAAAAGAGAAUAAGAACCUAUUAUAUACAGGUAUAUGCCAAAAAAACUGAGCAUUCAAAAGAAAUAGAAGCUAUCAAAAAUAGAAAUUUAUACUUUAUUGCCCUUCUAUGUACUCUAUCCACUGCUACCAGUCUUGUUUCACAUGACAAACUUCCUACUCUGUUCCUUGUUGAGAGCUGUCUACUAUACUUGGUAUGCUCUCUCUCCUCACCUCUGCCUCCUUGCUUCCUCUAAGUCUUGCUUGGAAUUUCAUCUUCUACAGGAGGCCUUUUCCUGGUCAGAUAGGUGCCUGACCAGAGAUUAUCUCCCAGUCACUCUAUAUAGUCUUUUAUGUGUAUAAUUGUUUUCAUGUUGUCUCCCCUAUUAGAAUGUAAACUCUUUGAGGUCAGGGAUCAUGUUUUUGCCUUCUUUAUAUCCUUAGUGCUUAGAACAAUGAUUAGUGCAUAGCAAGCAUUUAAUUAAUUUUUUUUGGCUGAUUGGCUAUGAAAUGAAUUGCUCAACUAUGGAAAUUUUUUUCAGUAGUAUCCUUAUUAAAUAUCCUUUUGUUAACCAUCAA